AUGACCUCCCUCAGCUCAGAAAGAUUCUCUUAUGAUUAUAACUCCAAUAAGAAGGUCAUAUCCUCGGACUCUGGCUCCGUAUCUUCUGGAAGUGCGACCCCAAGAAGAUCCAUCAAGAUCGAUUCUUUAUUGAACGACAGCGAAGAAUCCUCACCUAAUGCUUUCCCAUUGUUCAGUUCAUUCAAUCGCCAUCAUAACCAUAAUGACAAUUGUCAUCAUGAAGAAAAUUCUAAUUUUCAUUCCACCACUGCAUCCAUGAACGAUAGAAUGAUUCUUGCUAGACCAAUCACCCCAUUUGAAUCCUUCGACUCAAGAAGUUCUACUCCAUUGUCCCUGCUUGCUAGACCAUUCACCCCAGUAUCGAAAACUUCAACUUUCAGCAGCAACAGUAGUAGCAUAAGCUGCUCACCAAUUUCUGCCCCACUCACCCCAUUGAGAUCAUUCGAUCAACAUCUUGCUUCCCCUCCUGCCGCUCCAAAAAGAUUGCUCGAUGAGCCACUCUCUUUCGAAUCCCAUACUGGAGUUUUAGAUUUCGGCCCAUUGAACUUGAAACUCAUCACCACCACCAGUAGUGAAAGUAAAUUAUUGAAUUUCGAUCUUUCGCCAACGGGAACCACCACCGAAAAUAUUUUAACAUCUUCCAAAAGUGUGAAUUUCUACACUUCGAGAUUUAUUUCCAACCCAGAUAUUUUCAAGAACAGAAAAUUCCAAUGCAAAGUCUGUGAUAAACGGUUCAAGACCACCGGCCACUUGACAAGACAUAAAAAAAUCCAUUCAGGAGAGAAAAAAUUCGAAUGUUCUUGGCCUGGUUGUUCUUCGAGAUUUUCCAGAAAGGAUAAUUGCAUGCAACAUUAUAGAACCCAUAAUGCCACCUCCAACAAACUGAAGAAAUUGGAACUCGACAUCAACGUUGCCAAAGCAAUGGCGAAAUCUGAAUCCAGUAACAAUGCUGAGGUUAAAGUUACUAGAAAAUCUUCAAUGAAGCGCAGAUCAAUUUGA